GCGUGUGGCCUGCUCCAUGGCGGCGUUGAGGUCGCGGUGAGCCUCCUCCAGCCCCCUGAGUACACAAGCAAAGAGCAAGGGAAGGAUGACGCCACGUCAGCUUGCGUGAGUGCAUUGUUGUGGGAGCUAACCAGAGCUCGUAUUUGACCUCCAUGAGCUCCUUCUGGUGCUCUCGGCGGGCUGUCGUCAGCUCACUGCGGGCGGCCUCCAGCUCCCUGAUGAAAUGAAACACACAGCGAUGACCGUGCGCACCCAGGGCCCGUUGAACAAUAUGUGUCUGCGUUGCCUACUGGUGCAGUGCGCUCUCGUCUUGGAGCCUGGCGAGCUGGUCUUUCACCUUGUUGAGCUCGGUCCUGCAACACAGCACACCACAGCAAGAGAUGGGUGACUCCGCUUCGACCAAAUGGGACAGGGGGAGAGUGCUCCUGGGUGGAGGAUUCUCUCACGUACUCACUGACAGACAUGAGGAGGGAACACAACACACACAGAAGGACACAAAUGACGGACAUUUCUCUCUGUCUGCAUUUGUAUCCAAUUGGCUUACAGCAAGGUGGCGCACAGCUGGCUAUCGGCCUCUUGGUCCUCGUGUUCGUGCUCGUAGGCCACCAGAAGCCGCCGCAGUCCCUCGACUCGGCUCUCGCACACAGCCGUCUUGCCCCUCGCCCUCCGCAGCUCCUUGCGCAGCCUCGUGUUGGCGACUCGCAGGUGCUGCCGCUGCCGGGCUUGGUACGCCCCCCAGUCGUACCCUGCCCAGUCAUCCUCCUCAUCGUCGCCCUCGUCGGGCCGCUGCCACUCGCCGGCGCCCUCAUGCUGCCCGCUAGGCCCUCUCUCCCGGCUGCUUGUCCCACCAUCCGUCGUGCUGCUGCCCGUCAUCACUGGGUGUGAGGGGGGGUGGGGGAGGGGCGGGACCAUCGUUCGACGCCCCAGCAGACAGUGGCGAUGAUGGGUGCGGCGCCGAUGCAGUGGCGCCGUCUGCCGUGGGAGCGGCUGGGGCGCUCGUGUGAGAGUGCGGCAGGGGGUGCGGGUGCCUCGUGCACGUGGGUCUGGGCCCCAUGUUGGGCAACCAUGUGCCUGAGCAUCUGCCACCCCUCGUCAGUCAGGCCCGCCAUCUGCUGCAUGAGCUGUGUUUGGGGCGGAUGGGUGUAGACGGCCUCUGCUGCUGCUGGGUGGUGCGUUGGGGAGGGGAGGGAAGGGGGAAGGGGCAAGGCGUCAGAGGCGGAUGCGGGUGCCAUAGCGGCAAGAGGGGUCGAGUCAUCAUGUGAGGGUCCAGGAUGGGACGGCAUGACGGGGAAUGUGCCCAGAAACUGACACACAUCGACAGGAGAACACAUGAGAGGUGAUUCCACUGUCUGAAAUGAAAGAAUUCUGCCUGCUGUGUUCCGUUGCGCACCUCCCGGUCUUCAUCUUGCUCGUCGGUCCUGAUUGCUGGCGCAGGUGCUGGCACUGGGUGCUGAUCUCCACUGCGGCAGCGGUGCACCAU